ACGCCGCUAACUCGUCUCGAGUCCAAAAUCCCAUUCUUUGUCGAGUUUUGCUUUUGGAUGUGAAUUUCAGAAAUUUGUAAAUUUCAAAUAAUUAAUCUGUUGGUUUUGGGUUUUAGUCUGUUGUAAGUACAUACUCAAUUUAAGGACAUGGAUUAAAGCUGAUUUUAGAGCUAGUCAUCGGCAAAAGUUCUGUGGUGCUUUGGUUCUAGUCACAUUACUCCUUGAUUCGUGUUUCAACUCUUCAAAGUUUUUAACAAAUUGGAAUUUGUGAUUUGAAUUCAAAAAUGGGAAAACGUCGUCGUCGAUCUGGUGGGAAGUGUCGCAAAUCCAAACGGCCAAAGUUACCUUCUUUGAACGAGGAGGUGGUAAGCCCAUACCGUAACACGGGACCGUCCACUUCAUCGGGAGGAGGAUAUUAUCAACCACCUACUACACCAUUCGAAUUACCACAUAUUUUUAGGGAGAUAUUGAAUUAUUUGCCAGUAAAAGAUUGGGCGACAUGCAGACAAGUAUGCAAAGACUGGUGUGGUGCAUGCUCAAAUGUGAGGUUGAACAAGAAAAUCAAAAUGGUCAUUUCUAACGGUGAAAAACUAAGGUCACUCGUGGGUGAAGCGAUGGAUUGUGCUCCAAAUGAUAUUCCAAAUAUAUACGAGGACGUUGAAUUGCCCAUACACGUAUCAAUCGAUGAUAUCCCCAUGCGUAGUUUCCUCACAAAGUUUGGUCAUCGCAUCAAACGUCUCGUUGUUCCUGCUGGGUGGUCAAUGGAAGGAUUGCAAAACAUAUUGUUUCAACAAUGUGUCAACCUAGAAGAACUUUUGCUGAAAGGAGUAAUUCCUCGAGGAAGGCGGCUAGUUCCUCCUAUUGAAGGAUCAGAGCAAGAAUCCAAAACCCUUCCCAACUUGAAAAAGAUUGUCCUUGAAAUUGUCAACGCUCAUUCUGAACUUCCGUUAAACGUGAUGCAUGUAGUACCUCCCGGACUUAUUUCCAAUGCAGUGAAUCCUAGUGCACACUUGUUUAUGAUCGAUUUACUUGGCGUGGCUCCCAACUUGGAAUGGGUCCAAUGUCCCAACCGACGCGAUAUGAAAGAUAAUCCAUCAAUAGCUGCAACUUUGUCCGAACUUCAUGGCUGCCGAGUAUUGGAUAUUGAGACCAGCUUUAAUCGCGUUAAUCACUUUCUCGCUCAGAAACUGUUUAGUGGGUCCCAUGAUUCAAAUCCCAAGUUAUCUCGACUAGACCUCUACUUGCGACUCAAUACUCGGGGCAUGGAUAAGCUGGCCGCUAAAGGAUACCCAGUCGAAUCAGUUGACUUACAUGUCCGAAAUGUCGACAAACGUGGUCUACAAGACUUGCUACCCAAACUAGGAAAAACACUGAAACGUUUGCGAUUAACAGUUGACACUAAAUUUCAGUUUGAUUUUAACUGCAGAUUUCUGAGCAAGCUUGAAACUUUGCAUUUGGGUGAUUACGGUCAAGACUUGUUGUUUAUUGGUGAUAUCCCGCAAUUAAAGUAUCUGAUACUCGACGGCUUCAACUCUAAUUUGUUCCUCAAGACGAAAAUACCGAUUUUCACCUAUUCAAAAAUAGAGUCUCUAACCUUAAUAAAUUUGUCAUGGGUUGAUCAAUACACCAACGUUUUGAAAAAGCUCUCCACAAGUCUCCCACGAUUAUCAAAACUGAGUGUAGACAAUGUCACUGAUACUGUUUUACAAAAGAUAUAUGACUGCCUCCCACACCUAAAAGAGCUGUCCAUCAACUGUACCAGAGUAUCAAAUACUGGAAUUUCAGGAUUCACACAUGUCGACACUGAAAAAAUUUUAGCAGCUGGGUAUGAAAUGAGAAAAUAUCACGAGUAUGAAGAAAUACGGAGGCUACCAUUCAUUGCAGAUCUAAAGAAUCUCAGAUCUUUAACAAUCAAAGGACAACUGUCAUUACUACUGUUUCGGAUUCCGGUCGGAAUAACGGCAACAACACUCCAAAGUCUUUGGAUUCUUCACGGGAUAUGUUUGAUGCCAAAUCUUAAUUCGCUUUGUAUUCAUGAUGCUACGUUGUCCUCCAUCGAAGUAAAACAAUUGGUGAGAACCAUGAACCUGUGUAGGCUGGAAUGUGUUAAUUGCAGGAUCGAUACUGCAACCUUGGUUUGGGUGAAGAAAAAACGACGGACAAUGGCUUUUGAUUUUAUUAAUCGAAGUAAGCCAUGAAUUGCUGCAACGAAGAGCAAGCUCACCCGAAAGAGAAAGACUGAGUAUUUGUGUGAAAUGGUGUAACAAAAACAAAUUAAAUUUAGACUUGCUGAAUAAGCGUUGUUACCACUUAUUAAAUAUAUUACUUUAAAUUUAGUAGCUGUACGUCGAUUUAACUUUGUCAACUACAGAUCAAAAUUAUACUUUCGUGGGAAGUUUCCGGUACUAAGAAAAUCAA